AUGAGAGCCAAGAUGAAAAUCUUGCUGCUGGUCUUCGCGGCGACCGUUUGUUCGUCCAACGCUCAGACCAGCAACAUCAGCAAUGACAACAAGCAACCACAGCAGCAACCACAGCAGCAACAGCAGCAGCAACGCAGCAUCUGGGACGACCCCAUCAGAUUCAACACCAAGAGCAAGGACUCCUGCACCAUGGUGGUGUCCGGGGCCGGGAACUACACCCGCCUGCGUGUCUCCUGCAAAGGGCCGAGCCAGACCACUGGACGGUCCUACUACUGUGACUUCCAGGGAAAGCCCAACCAGUGUCGCGCCUACAGCCAGAACCCCCGCCACUACUUCACCCAGAUGAUGUGGGAGCUGAGGAAGCUGAACAACGCUUGCCAGGGAGCCAAAGUCUACCGUCCGCACAUGUGCAGGAAAUACCCCGACGAGGCUCAGAUGACCUUCCUGAGCUCCUGGCCCAAGACCACCGUUCCCAAGACGCCCAAAGAGCCACGUAAGCCCGUGGGGCCCGGCAAGCCAAAGCCAGCUGCUACCUCUAAACCUAUGAGGGUUCCGACCGAUAAAUUGCCGCCGGGCAAAGGCCCCCAGCCCAAGAAAACCACCCCUAAGCCCGGGAAGACCACUACUCUACUGCUGGAGAAGCUUCCACGGCAUCUGCAGCUACUUCUUUGGCUGGUGGCGAGAAUGAGAUGUGACCUAAUUCGCUCUAAGGUUGAAGUAACCAGCUAUCAGCACACUCUUCCAUCUUCAAACUCUCCGGAAUCUCCAUGCGCCAAACCGCACAGAGCCGCAAAACGUUGCUUUACGCGCAGCAUCACUGGUUCGUUUCGGUGAUUUUUUUUCCCCCUCACAAAGAUGUUUCUGCUGAGAGCUCUCGCCCUCUGGCUGCUGCUGGCUCUUUCCCUGUCCUCCGGGCAGCGCGCACCGGGCAGGCCCGGCGGCCGGGCGCAGAGGAGCGGGGGCAAGGGCGCGCUGACCAGCCGGGGGAAGUUCUCCACCGGGGACCAGAUGCAGUGCGCGUGGAACGCCAGGGAGGUCAGGGACGCCGUGAAGAUGCGCGUCACGUGCCAGAACCCCAAGGCGAAAACCAAAGGCGAGCUGGUCAGCCUGACCUGCGAGUACAACGCCAAGACCCAAAGCUGCCAGCGGUCAGACCCCAAAGGCUUCUGGAAGCAAGUGUCCCGCGCGCUCAGGAGGCUCCAGGGCAAGCUGUGCAGGGACGAGCUCGCGCUCGUGAAGACCGGGACGUGUAAGCGCGCACCCCAGGACGCGCACUUCAAGCUGGACGCGCGCAGCGUCUCGGUCUCGCAUCACUCCCAGGGUCCGGUCAGCCCCUCACCUCCGCCGGGAGGCCGGUCCACCCCCGCCGGACCGACCCGCUGCAGCAAGUCUGACCACCGCCACACCGCCCAGGAGUACUGCAGCAGCUCCUGGGCCAGCGUCUGCUCCUUCUUCCUCUCCAUGCUGCAAAGCGAGGACUGCUAGCUGCGCAUAGAUUCCACUUUUUUUUAUUUUAUUUAGGAGCUCAGAGGGUUUAAAAGUUAUUCCAGAGAAAUGAUAAUAGCAUCUUUUUUUAAACGAAUGCACAUGAAUGCGAAAGAACUGGGUAGGUUUUAAUUCACAGUGUGCUCCGAUCCAGGGGUGCUUAUUUAUCUACAGUCUGUACUGAACCUUAUUUCUGGAAUGUGGACAUUUUGUUUGCAGUUUUUAAGUUUGUUUUUCUAAUUUGUGACAUAUUUCUUUGAGUUGGUAAUGUAGGCCAUAUAUUUUCUCCAAACUCCAGUCAGCACUGUUCAGAUGCAAGUCAAUUAUUUUUUGAGAAAAAUGAAUCCCAAUUUCAUGAUCAAAUUUAGAAAAAAUAUUUAUUGAAAUUGGUAAAAUACUGUAAAGUAAAUGUAAUUCGUACUAAUUAGUAAUUAGUACUUUAAUGCUGCUUAGUGGUGUUCCAGAAAGUACAUUUUUAUAUAUUUGUCAUGCAGUUUGUGAUACUUAAGUGAAUAUUUGAAUAUUCUAUUUUGCUAUCUUAAUUUACAUAUUUUGGAAUGUUUAAAGUUUGUAUGUAUGUUUAUGGUAGACACUCUUCUUCUUCUUUAAGGCUGCAUUUGAUAUUGCAAUUACCAUUUACAGAUAUGAAAAACCAUCUGCUCUCAUCUCUGCUUUAUAGUUCUGCACUAUAAUGAACAUUGUCUUCCUAAACGAGUUUUAACAGCACUGUAACAGCAUCAGAAUCUGAUCUGAGUACUUCUUCCAUUGCUGUUUAUAAAAUAAGUGACUAUUAAGUGGUGAUAGCAUGUUCUCUAUCUGUGCAGUCAGACACUUGAAUGACAUAUCAAGUCCUGUAUUUAUACACCAUCAAUAAAAAUUUGAUACUGGC